AUGCCACGUUCCUUCCCUCCACCCUCGACAUCUCCCUUCACACCCUCCCUCCAGCUCCCAUCCUCGGCUUCCCUUUCUAGCCAACUCUUGAACAGCGACGACUCGUUGUUGUGCAGCAGUAACAUCAACAGCAACAUCAGCAGCAACAACAACAACAACAAAAACAGCAGCGCAAGUGACUCCAAGACAUGGUCUGCUGACAGGGUUGAAUGCCGGUCUGCCUUUUCGCUCGACUUGGACCGGAGCAAGGUCAACUUGCUUGGACAUGGACUCAAUGCCGAGGUCUACAAUGCCUGGUUGCAUCCCUCAUCUGCUCCCAUGAAGGAAUAUCUCUCCUCACGCAAGGCUAUGCGUAAUCUCACAUGCAACGACAUUUUUCAAGGAGACAGGAUGAUACCCAGCGUGGAACAACAGGAAGAAGAAUCAAAUGCAGAAGCAGUCCUUUGCGCUGCCAAGUGUCUCUUCACAGAUGCAGAAUCUCAGUCAGUCGGACUGGCCGAAGCAGAGAUUCUGAGACGACUGCAUGCGGAGCAGGCCGAUCAUCCGGGACGGAAAUAUCUGGUCGACUUUUAUGGACUUUACGACCAGACCACCCAACAAGGCCUGUCGAUCGGAGAUGUUGCACAUGUUGACCGGAUACCACGGGGUACGGACCAGGAAGCAGAGUGGGUCCUGUUGUUGGAGAACUGUCAGAACGGCACUGUCUGGGACUGGAUCCGCCAUCAUCCUGAGAGAGUCGACUACCGCCAGUGGCUCACCUGGGCACUUCAGCUGUUGGAGGCGGUUGACUGUAUUCAUGAGGCUGGUCUUGUCCAUCAUGAUAUCAAGCCUCAUAACAUCUUGUUGAAUUCGUCAUUGGACGUCAAGUUGUCGGAUUUCGGAGCGAGUAGGUUCUCGACCAAGGACAAAGGAACCAAAAAGGACUCGAUGCACCUUGGACUUGAAGGAGGACUCGGACGGGGUACGCCCCCUUACUCUGCACCCGAGAUGUUUGCUUCCGUGGCCGGAGGUGCUCACUAUGGCCAGAGUAUCGACAUGUACUCUCUGGGCGUUUCGCUUUAUGUCAUCGGAUUGACUGCACAGGAACCCUUCCACAAGCUGAAGAGUGUCAUGGAGAUGAUGGUUUGGAUCAAGAAGGGUGGAUUCUGGCUAUGGGAGGAUCAGCGGUGGGUCCAUGACCGUGGUCAAGUCCCCAAAGUGACCUCCAACAGUCUAGCCACCACCUCGUCAGCAGCCCAGAUGCAAGCUACCCAGUCUGCCAGUCAUCCUCAAGGACUUCGUCUGAGCCGACAAGGCAGCAACUCCACCCUGCGCUCUCCUUCUUCCAACUCUCUUGCACCUCCACCUCACCUGCCCAGGAUCAACACCCAGCUCUCUCGGGAUUAUGACAUGCUCGAUCCCUCUUCAGCAUCGUCUAUGAACUCUCCUAGCGGCUACUUGUAUCCCGCCAGUCCUCGGAGUCAACCCUUGAACCACUUCCUGUCAGGCUACUCUCCCGACCGAUCCUUCAAAUCCUCUCAACCUUCAACACCCGUCUCGCCCUUACCUCUACCAUCACCCCUCGUCAGGGCCCAUACCCCUCGUUCUCGGUCCUCAUCGGCCUCAUUGAGAAAGGAAGAGCCACGUCGCAAGAGCGGUGAGGUUGUGAUGCGGUUCUUGAACGGAGAUGUGGUCCAACAGGAUGUAAUUUCUCUCCUCAAGGAUAUGUGUCAGUCUGACCCUGAGCAACGCCCUGAUACCAAGCAGGUCCUUGAACGUCUGCGCGAGAUGAAGGCGCAGCUCGAUGCCGAUACUGAGGCCGCUGAGGCGGAAGCCGAGGCCGAGGAAGCUGCAGCUGCAGCUGCAAUGGGGGCUGACGAGUGCCAGGAUAUGAAUGUUGACUCUGCCUUGUAG